UCAAUACACAAAAGUUAAUAAGAUAGGAUGUAUGUUAAGAAACAGAACAAACCUGUUUACUUUUGUCUUGUGAUUCUUAAUAUAUAUUAUAUUUCACAAUGUAAUGGUUUCGAAUGUUUCUCCCCAACUUGUUAUAAUGAAUGGCGACCGAUAGAUAUGCCGGAUCCAACUUACAGAAAUGGUUUGUGUGGACGAUACUGUAAUUCAACAUGGAUUUGUGAUCCUUGUCAGGAAUUACGCAAUGAAACAGCUGCUGAAAUUGAUGAAAUGCUGCUACACAUUCCAGCACACAAAGAUAUAUGCACAAGUACAUAUGAGGACACAUACAGAAUAUCUGUGGCCAUAGUGAAUAAAAUGACAGCACAUAGAGGAAAUAAAAAAGAAGAUGCAAAAUAUUUUUCCACUUACUUGAGAGAGGAAAAAUGGAAUUUCGAAUCUAGAAAUUGCGGAAAUAAUGUAGUAAUAUUCCUGUCCAUAGGCGACAGACAAGUGUACACAUCUGCUGGUGAAGCGGCUUUUAAAGUAUUAACAACAAAAUGUAUAAAUAGAAUUUAUAAGAAAGCUAAAAAGGACUUCUUCGCAGACGACAAAUUUGGCGGCGGAUUGAAGUUUAUUAUUCAAGAAUACAAGAAAGCUUUAAAGAAUGGUACAUGCGACGACUCGACAGAGGUGAUAUGGGUUACAGCGGGUAUUUUUGUUGGAGCUAUUGUGAUAGUUUGUAUACCCUUUUUUGUUGUGAGAUAUAAGUGCAAGGGAGGUUGGUCUGGUGGAAUUUACAGUGGUGGAGGUGGAGGUGAGGGUGGCGGAGGUGGAGGAGGUGGAGGAGGCGGAGGAGGCGGAGGCGGGGGAGGUGGUGGUUGUUAA